CACACACACACACUCGAGUUCUCCGUCAUGGUUUUCCGCGGAUUGCUGCAUGUUCUCCUGUGGGAUCAGUAAGUACCUCAUCGCGAUAUGAAUCGAUGCGUGUGUGUCGCGAGAGUGUGUCCUUCAGAUGUGUGUCCUCGCGCGUCUGCAGCGCGUCGCGUCUCAUGGAUGUUGUCGGAGUGAAGAUAGUUCUGGAUAAAAGAGAAACUUCAUGUGUGUUUAAUCUGAGGAAGGGUCAUCUCCUUCUGUGGGAAUAGCAAUGGCUGUGUGUGUGCUUCUGCUGCUCGUGGCGAUCGUGUCCUCAGGGUGUGUGAAGGGCUCGUCGGACAGUCGUUCCCCUCGUCUGGCGCUAGAGAAGAGUCUCGGCUGGCCGUCCAAACACACACAGUGCCUCCACAUGCUGAAACACCUGCAUAAUGGCGCCCGCAUAACGGUCCAGAUGCCGCCCAACAUCGAGGGCCACUGGGUGUCCACCAGCUGUGAGGUUCGACCCGGUCCAGAGUUUCUCACUCGCUCGUACCGCUUCUUUCACAACAACACCUUCCAGGCUCUCCAGUUCUACUACGCCGACAACCACUGCACCGACCCGACAUACACACUCCUCAUCCGGGGCCGACUGCGACUCCGACAGGCGUCCUGGAUCGUACGGGGCGGGACCGAGGCCGACUACCAGAUCCACCGCACACAGGUGGUGUGUCACUCGACGUCGGUGGCUAAAGAUUUCGGUCAGAAACUGAACCGCACCUGCAGAAGCUCCACGAUGGACCCCGGAUCCUGGGAGCCUCACGUGAGUUACGAUCUGUGGAGCGACGAGAGCGUCUGCGACUGCGACUGGUACCGAGGCCUGAACUUCUCCAUGCAUGAGCUUCAGCUGCUGAGGCUGGAGAAACAGUACCUGCACCACAACCUGGAUCACCUGGUGGAGGAGCUGUACCUGGGAGACGUUCACACCGAACCCGCGCAGAGGAUUUACUACAGACCCUCCAGCUAUCAGCCCGCGCUGCAGAACGCCAAGAACCACGAUCUGAGCUGUGUCUCGUGUGGGAUCGUGUCUCUCUCGGACGUCUUCCACCCGCCGGUUCUCCCGCACGGACCCGAGCUCGCGGUGAGCCUCCACGGGCACUGGGUGUCGCGGCGCUGCGAGGUCCGGCCCGAGGUUCUGUUCCUCACGCGACACUUCAUCUUCCACGACAACAACAGCACGUGGGAAGGCCGAUACUACCACUACUCUGACCCGGCCUGCAAACACCCCGCCUUCAGCAUCUACGCUAGCGGACGGUACAGUCGCGGGGUUCGGUCCACACGCGUCAUGGGCGGCACCGAGUUCGUGUUCAGAGUGAACCACAUGCGUGUGAUGCCGAUGGAUCUCGCGACCACGUCUCUGCUGAACGUCUUCGAGGGGAACGAGUGUGGCGUUCAGGGCUCGUGGCGUGUGGGCGUGGAGCAGGACGUCACUCCGACCAAUGGCUGCGUGGCGUUGGGGCUCCGCCUCCCGCACACGGAGUACGAGCUCUUCCGCGCGGAGACGGACGCUCAGGGGCGAAACCUGCUCUACAACGGCCAGCGGCCCAGCGACGGAUCCAGCCCGGACCGGCCCGAGAGGAGAGCCACGUCCUAUCAGAUGCCUUUACUCCAGUGCAGGUCAGAGGUCAUCGCCGAGGAGCCGCAGCGACUCAGGAACCGUUGCCAGGGCGGUUACCAUGGCGAUCUGGCGACAACGGUGGCGGUCUUGAGUUUAUUCGCGUUUAUGUUUGCAGACAAAUAAGUGCAUUUUCACGCCAGUUGCCGGGACAGUUACCAUGGCGAUCUGACGACGGCGCCGUUUGUGGAACAUGUUUGACUUGAAGACCCAGAAUGCACUUGUGUAAUAAUGAUUGGACUAAUCGAAACUGCUGCACAACGAUAACCGCACUUUAUUAGAACGAACGAAGCCCGACGCUUUCACUUCGGACGAUAGUUUGUUUUUCAUGAGAGCCGAAAGGGAAAGACGUUCCCGCCCGAAAUGAAGAUUCUGUCAUCGAUUAUUCACUUUCUUUUCCAUUCAUAGAGAGCAGGAGCCUCGUUCAUGAAGACGAGCGGAUGAUGAGCGUAAAUAUGACGCGACAAUUUGAGAAAUGUUCCUACGAACUAUUUAUAAACGUAAAUGCACUCCAAAAAAUGUGUGUGUGUGAGAUAGUUUGUGUUGUGUCCCUUACUUUUACUGUUUAUUUUAUUGGUGUGACUCGAGUUGCUUUUAAAAAUUCUCCAUUAGUGUUUGACAGAAAGGAUGAGCUCAAGGUUUGACAUGUCAAAUGAUGAUGACAGAACUUUAAUUUCUCUGUUUUCCCUGUAAAGCAUUCGUUGCAGAACGCGUGAGACGAGGACGUUCAUAUCAGAGGUAUUUUUAUACGAGAAUGAGUUUAAGACGACGAUAUGAGCCAUUCCAAGGGCUGCAUAUUAAUGUAGAUAAUCACUGCUGUUUUAGGAAGGCUUUAACACAGGCCAGUAAACCUGACCCUACACACUCAUCAACAUUAUAUUUAUAAAUACACAGACCCACCCUGCAAAAUAUCGUUAUAGAAAAAUUAUGUAUGAAAUCAUUAAGUUUCAUAACUAUAACAUUCUUCAUUUCUCAUACUGUAUAAUGUGUUUAAUCCUGAGAACGAAACACAUAAGGGGGUAAAAAUGUCCUGCUUUAUUAUUAUUAAAUGCUUAAAAAAAUACAUUUAAGAUGUUUUAUAUCUGUUGUUUUACUGCGUAAUGAAUAUUAAUAACUGUAUUUUAAGAUCCAUGUUUAUCGGUUACACACAGACAUCAGCCUGAAUAAAACUGUGCUAACUGUUUAACAUUACAUUCUUCAGCAAAGAACAACAGAAUGACAAUAAAUUUGAAACUUGAA